CUUUUUCCCCCUGCUGCAGCACAUCUCAACUGGUUUCUGAGCAGCUUCCUCAGGUAGACAGCAAAGACAUCAUGGCAGCAUCCGAUGGUUUUCCUGCCAGUUUCUAUGGAGAACCAGGAGUGUUAGGAAUGCUUUCCAAUGGGAUCAGCGCCUUUCUGGUUCUCCUGCAGAAUUUCCACACAGCUCACACCAAUUAUGCACCAGUGGGAGUGGAAAACAUACUUGCUGGAGUUCACCUCAUCCUGAUUGGGGGGAUUUGUCAGUUGGUGGCUGGAAUGCUUUCCUUUCGUAAAUAUGACCACUUGAGUGGCACUGCUUUUAUUGGCUAUGCUGCGUUAUGGUGCAGUUAUGGUGCCACCAGAAUCUACUAUGGUGCCUUAUUUCCAAACCAUAAUUUUGAUCACAUGACCAUGAAUGCAAGCACAGAGUUUGUCUUAGAAAAAUCUGCAAUUGCCGGACUGAUUCCCUACAUCCUUCUUUCUUUUCUUCUGGCAUUUUGUUCUGCUACUGUAAACUACAUCAUGCCUUUUGUGUUUGGGGCCAUCACGGGUACUCUAGUCUUUGAAGCAGCAGCCCUGGUAACAGGCUCCUGGGCUCUUGUAGUCUCCGGUGUUUUGGAGUUGAUUAUUCUGAUCUUUGCCAUCUAUGGCUCAGCUGCUCUGCUUGUUAAAGGUCUAACUCAGCGUCAUGUCCUCAAAGGUUUCGGGACCCCUCUCUUCAAUGUUCUCUUGCUAGGAACUGCCAACUCAGCAAGUGCACAGAGUAUUGGCCAAGAGAAGAAGAAGAACACAAAAUACGCAGAGCCCAUGGCUCUGGGUUUCUUCUGUGACUCUGUUUCUCCAUUCAUCUUCGCUUUCUACAGUUUUGGGUACAUAAAAUCCUUUGCUCUGGGUGUUACUUGGGUAUCAAUCAUCUCAGUUGCUCAACUGUUCUCCAGUUAUUACGCCCAUUUACGCCAGGAUUGCUACCAUGCAACCAAGUUUGGGUUUCAUGCUGCUUUCUGGCUGAUCAAAGCUUGGGAAGAGUUUGUGAUAUCUAGUCUGAUUGGGGAUGACAGUGCUGUGGCUUCUGGGAGGAACGCAAUGAUAGGAGACUGGUUCUUUGUGGUGGCAGGCUUAGUUCUUUGCUUGGGAAGUCUGAAUAUGGAUGCCUUGGAGCUGAUCCACAACAUGUUCUUCGUCCUACUAACAGUUGCAGCGGUUCCCCAGAUUCCUCUUCAAGGUUAUUACAUCUUCUUUGGUGUAGCCUGCUCCCUUUUCACUGCCGCUUCCUUCUAUGGCACAUUGUCUCGUCUCAUCAACACCAUUGCAGAAAAGUCGCUUAUCCCAGUAGGACCACAACCAAUCUCUACUGAGCAACUAAGAAAGGGUUUAGGGUGCAGAUGCUCAGUACAGGGAGAGCAGAAUGUUCUACCCCUCAACGACCAAACUACUGAUGCCCUGUUCUACAUUUCCAACGGGGUUGCUUCACUGUCAGCACUUCAUUCUAGAGUGUCGAGUACAAACCCCACUCUCCUUCAUCUCACUGUCCCUUGGGUCCUCAUCUCUGGAGCGAUCUUCCAAGGUUAUGUCAGCAGACUUCAGGUCACGGGGGGUAGCCGGUACGGGUCGGUCAUCUCAUCCAUCUAUGUGGCUGUAUGGGCAACUUGGACCUGGUUUAGGUUUUCAGGUAUCCAGCAUUCAGAUCCCCUGUUUCCAGAAGCAGCAUACGGUUUCACAGCAGGCGCCAUUGCUUUCCUUGUCAUCAAUGCUUUCCUCAUGUGGAUCGCUGCUCACAAAAACCCGGUCUUGCUUCUUUUAACAAUAAUAAUGGAAGUUGUUUUGGUCUGUUUUCUACUCUCCACCCUGAAUCGACUGCCAUAUGAACUUGAAAUGGCCAUGCUUGCACUGGUGGCAAUCCUUUGUGCCUAUGGGACUUUGGCUUCACUGAUGAACUGCAUCUUCUCCCAAAGGCUGAUACCGAUGGGCCCUCCACUAAUUAAGGAAAAGACGAAGGAGGAAACAUUUUCAGAGCCUCCCUGUCCAGUGGCGAACUCGCGCCUCACCAGCAGCCUCCUAAAGAUUGCUGGUUUUCUGGAGGAGGGUGGGGUGUGUGGUAUUCCAACAGACACUGUUUACGCUUUGGCUGCUUCCUGCAAAAACCCUCAGGCGAUAGAGAAAAUCUACAACAUUAAAGACCGACCUGCCGAGAAACCCAUAUGCAUUUGUAUUUCCAGUGUGGAGCAGCUGGUAGCAGCCAAGCCUCCAUUCAGUCCUUUGUUGUGGGAAUUCAUGAGGAACGUGUAUCCUGGUGGCAUCAGUUGCAUUGUCAGCAAAGGAGACUGGCUGUUUAAAUUAGGAGUGGGUCCGGCUUAUGACCGAGUUGGUACCAGGGACAGCAUCAUGAUCCGUGUCCCAGAUCACACGGUGACCGGCCACUUGUGUGACAUCACCGGACCCCUUGCCAUCACCUCAGCCAAUCCUAGCGGAGAGGCAGACAGCACCCACCACUCCAUGGUCAUUGAUCGACUCGGCCACAAGAUCCAGGGAGUUCUCUGCGAUGGGAACUCCAAAGAAGUAGUGGCCUCCACUGUGGUCAACUGCCUAAGAAUCAACGAAGGCACCAUAACUAUUGUGAGAGAAGGAUGCGUUCCUGCCAUCAAAGUCAACCAGAUCUUUGAAAGAGUAAAAAGCUCCAUGGCGUGAGGAACUCAUCCUCCUCACAUUUGUUCCUAUUCACAAGAAGGACUGAAAAUUCAAGCUAUUUAUAAAAAAGUUUCUGUGAUACUUUAAACUAGCAGAUAAUAAGAGAGAAAAAAAUGACGAUUCUCUGUCUGUAGUGUCUCUGAACUCAAGGGUUCAGUGAGGAGGAUCUUCUUCAGUGAUUCCAGUCUGUAAAUACCUGUAUUUAUGCAGUUAAAUUAUAAGUGUGGGCACUUUCUGGGUAAAAGAUUGAAAUGACACAAGAUUGUCUUCCACUCAUCCAUGUAUUUGUGAUUACCUUUUUGUAUAUAAAAAUUGUGCUGUGUAAAUAAAACAAAAAGAUUUAAAUGA